AUGACUUAUCAGAACCAGUCCUCCGAGCCUCAGCAAUUACGCAAACCACCCUACUCAGCACCCGCAUACCCUGGACGACCUCAAGCUACCAACCAUCCUCACGCACGAACGACGCUCAAUACCAUCCUGCCGCUCCUAGACGCAUUCAACCAUCGUCACCACAACCAGCACCGCACCUCCCACUGGUGGGCGACAUUUGGAAUACUUCGUCGCUCCCUCCGGGCCCUCGCCGAGUGUUUGGACCAACCAGUCGUGGACAGCAGUCGCAAUCGCACCGACCAGGCCGUCGUCCGGGCCUCAUGGCUGAAUACACAUGCCCUGCCACGUGCUUUUCUCCAGGUCCAUGGUUUCUUGCCAGCCAUGUUGCCGCAGAACGCAGGAGCGGCCAAAGCAAAGCUACCCACCCAAAAGUCUCCAAAUCCUCCAUCGCCGAAUCAUCGAUCCGUUAUUGGCACUGAACACAUAGACCGGGGUGUGGUAGUUUCCAGAGAGACUAUAGUACAAGCAGGCGACGAUGCCGUGGACUCCCAGUCUAAGAAGCGUAGCCGAGACGAGAUCAAGUCACAUGCCAGGGGAACAUCCAACAAGGACAGGGAGAAAGACAAGAAGCCCAAAAAAAAGAAGAAGAAAGCCGGUGACGAAUUGUCUAGUUUAUUUGACUCCCUGUCAUAG